AUGUGUGGUGCGAGCUCCCAAAAUACUAUACAAGAUGGGCUCUUGAAGUUGCGAAGUGAUGAUAUUCACAAGGGACAUGUUAUGCCUGAUAAACUGAAAGAGAAUGAAAAAUUGCUGGUCCUGAGGUCAAUGGUUCCUUCUAUCAGUGAGGUUGAUAAAGCAUCGGUCCUGGAUGACACAAUUAAGUACUUGAAAGAGCUUGAGGCAAGAGCAGAAGAGAUGGAAUCCUGCAUGGACACCGUGGAAGCGAUAGCUAGAAGGAAAUACCUGGACAGGGCAGAGAAGACAUCAGAUAACUAUGAUAAAAUAAAGAUGGAUACUGUUAAAAUGCCUUGGUUAAACAAGAGAAAGGCCUGUGACAUUGACGAAACUGAUCCGGAUCUCAAUAGGCUUGUUCCCAGAGAAAGCUUGCCACUAGAUGUGAAAGUCAUUUUAAAAGAGCAGGAGUUUCGAGGAGCAGCGGUUGCACCAGUUGGGAUGAUAAAACAGGCGCUUUGGAAAAUUGCCGGUAAGUGUUGA